AUGCCUGACGAACAGCCAGAUCCCCGCUCUCCCCGUCAGGGGCGGGGCGCCGACAACGGCGGCCUCCCGACCUCUACCGGCAACCCCUCGCUCGCGAUGCCAAUGCCUCCGGGCGGGUUCCCCGGCGUGUUUGUGGGCGAACCCGUGCCGCCGCGUCCACAACGAAGCCUCAGCUCAAUGCUCUUCCUCACCAUGUUCUUCUUCUUCAUGUCUCAGAAUGGCGGCAAUCAGGUGCCUCUCGGCACGAUUGGACCAGACGGCGAGAUCCGCGAGCGCGUCACUGAGCUCAGUCUUCUCCGGCAUCACGUCAAGGAGUACGAGGGUUAUAUCAACGGGACGGGUAACUGGACCGAGCCACCACCGCCCAGCAUCCUGGCAUCUAGUCUGGUGCCGGCCCGCUUCGACCACAGCGAUGUCGUCACGCGCGGCGACACUUUCUACCCCAACAUCACCGGGUGGUAUCGACGAGCCAUGGCACACCCGGUCGACCUUCUUGUGGAGCAGGUGGACCGGAGCGAUUCGUUCUUCCGCGGCAUUCCAUUGCCAGCAGUGAACGAGAGCGGGAGCUGGAACCAGACGCUUGCAAACGAGCUGCGCGGCGAGUUCGACUGGAUGUCCGUCACAUCGUGGGACCUGCGGGGGAUUGUCGAGCGGAGUAUUGUGCCAGAACGAGAGGAGAGGAAAACAAUCGCUCCAAAUGACGACUCCGAGAAGGCGCUAGGGAACAGCGAGAACCUCGUUGCACUCGAGCCAACAUGGGCUUGGGUUCGUGGUUUGCUCACCGUCGGCACACCCAAUACAUCACUCGAAUACAAGUUUUACGGGCUGCACCACAUUGCGAACGGGACAUAUGAGCUCUUCUCAUUACAUGAGUCACAGCGUGUUGACAUCCGAAACAUACCCACGCUUUAUCCUGCGCACCAUACCGAGACGGUGCAGAUUGUACUCGCCGAGCUCAAGAAGGAGCUGCAGAUCCAGGAGGACUCGUUGCUCCUCACCGACGUGAGGCCAGAAGAACCGUCUGUGACGAAGUGCCCACUGCUCAUCCACCUGUCUCUGCCUCCACUCCCACCAGGAGUGCGGCUAGAGGACGUACUGCAGUACGACAACGAGCUAUCAAACCCGACGGGCCUGCUGCUCAGCCUCAAGAAGCCACCCACGUACUGGCAGGGCGUGGGGUUGGGAGGUGUUAUCGUCGGCGACCAGUGCGGAUUCGUGGCCGGCCUUGAUCGUGGUCGCGGCGUGCCGUUGGACGACUUCUGGCGCAAGACGGUCAACUACGCCGCGUACGCCACGCUGUCUCAGCUCGUUGUCCUUUUCCUCCUUGUCGGUCAGAUGGAACGCACGCGCACUCCCUCGACUCUCGCCAAGGUGUCGUUAUGGACGAUUGUGCUCAUAGCGCUCUCCGACUCGUGGAUCUUCAGUGCACACUUGGUCACCGGCGUCAUAUCCGACAACAGGACGAGUUUGCCGAUGCUGGUUCCUGGCUUCGCAGCCCUGUGCACAGCGAUCGUCUUCGGGCCACGUUACGCUGUGCUGCUACACCGUAUCCAGGCGCCAGAACGUAUCAUUGCUCGUCCUCCGCGACGCCGCGCUGCGUCCACCGCUGCAUCGGCAUCUGGUGAUGCCUUGGGUGAUGAUUCAGACGAAGAGACUGAGCCUCCCAUGCCGUGGACCGACCGUGUAGGCAACCUUCUCUCAACAUACCCCGGAUUAAAGUGGCUCGGCGCCGUCGCGCUCAUGUUCAUCUUCGCACAGAUCGCGUUGAUGCCCUCGGUCAUCCCCUUCGUCCUCUUCGCCAUGCAGAGCAUCUGGGUCCCCCAGAUCUAUCGCAACGCGCGACGUGGCUCGAACGGCGCACUCGGCCACGCAUUCAUCAUCGGCACAAGCAUCGGCCGGCUCGCGUUGCCGUUGUACGCCCUCGCGUGCCCUGAGAACGUCUUCUUCAUCGAUAACGCCGACUGGGUGUGGGCAAUGGUGCUCUGGCAAGUUGUGCAGAUCGCAGUCCUCUUGGCGCAGGACCGGUUCGGGCCGGCUUUCUUCCUUCCCAAACGCUUCGCCCCAGCAGAAGGUUACGACUACCACCCUCUCUUGCCCGCCCCCGAUGCCGAGAACGCGCUCGAGGGCAGAGGCGAGAUUCCCGCCGAGACAACAUGCUCGAUCUGCAUGGAAGAGGUCAACACCCACCCCGAUCCCGCAGACGGGCCGCUGCUCAAUCUCAACGCGCGGAGGAGCUACGCCGUUGCACCGUGUCACCAUCUCUUCCACACAAAGUGCCUGCAGCAGUGGAUGGCAGUCAAGACCAUCUGCCCACUGUGCAAGCGGCCUUUGCCGCCACUCUGA